AUCACAGGGCGGGUAGGGGCGCGCUAGCAGACUGAGUUUGUUUGAGCCCAUUCGCCUCAUGAAAAAUAUUUUUCUUAUAGCUGGCUAUUGUGUCUUUCAAAUUUUCAAUCAACGUGGAUGAAAUCGAAAUUGAGCAGUCGCCCUUUACUUCGGUAGACUUGUCCAGACAUUUCUUAUUAUUUUCUGUAAUGUCUCAGCAUAACCUAGGAAAAUGUUGACAUUUAUAUCAUGUUGACACCUGAGCAACCAACGAUUUCACGAAAUGUCGAAGCGUUGGGGCAGCGAUUAUGUGGUUGCGGAGCACAGGGAUUUACAGGCCAACACCAUGGCGGUCGAUGCCACCGGGAGCCUCGUUCUCUUAGCUGGGCGGAGAUACUUUGCGGUGAAGCAGCUAGAUGAAGGGGCCGAUACACUGCGUAAGUUUCAACGUCAGAGUAAAUAUGAAGUUGGAUCAGCUGAGUGGAAUCCCAAUUCCCAGAAUUGUCACCUAUGCGCUAUAUCAAGUAACAAUCGGGUUGAGGUACUGAGUUUUCUUGGAGGAGAUGGCUACGAUCUGACAACUACGCAUAGCUUGAGAGCCCACACACGUGUUGUGAGUGAUUUGAACUGGCAUCCUACAGAGCCUGAUAUUCUUGCUUCAUGUAGUAUCGAUACAUUCAUACAUGUUUGGGACAUAAGAGAUCAGCGUAGGCCAUGCUUGUCACUUUCCGCUGUAGCGGGAGCUUCACAAGUCAGAUGGAACUGUCUUUCACAACAUAUUCUGGCUACUGCCCAUGAUGGUGAUAUUAAAAUAUGGGACCAGAGGAAAGGGAAUAGUCCAAUGCAGUACAUAGCUGCUCAUUUGACAAAGAUACAUGGCCUCGAUUGGUGCCCUAUUCAGCAAAAUCAAUUGGCAACGUCCAGCCAAGAUUGUACAGUGAAAAUAUUCGAUGUUACUAAUCCACGAAGAGCUGAAAGCAUUCUCACGACUAGUGCUCCUGUUUGGCGAGCCAGAUACACACCAUUUGGUGAGGGAUUGGUGACGAUAGUUGUGCCCCAGUUACGUCGUGGGGAAAACAGCUUGCUACUUUGGAAUACAUCAAAUCUGACAGCCCCGAUCUACACGUUUAUCGGUCACACAGAUGUUGUUCUAGAAUUUCAAUGGCGCCAUAAGAAAAAAGAACCGAAUGACUUCGAACUCAUUACUUGGUCCAAAGAUCAGUGUUUGCGAAUAUUCAAAAUAGAUCCAUUUUUACAAAAGCUUUGUGGACACGAUUUGGACGAUGGGACUGUGUAUGCUCCUUAUACUGAAGAUAGUAACUUAAGAACGAUACGGACAAUGGAACAGCAGAUGCAAGAUGUACAGAAUGACAGGGAAGUGAAUUACAUGUUAUCUAAAAUUGAAGAUGGGAAAACAAAUGCGGAAUCGAUCGUUUAUUCCGCUACGGACAAAGAGGUAUCCUCACCAACGCAACCAAAAACGCUGCAGCAGGAAUUUUCUCUCAUUAAUAUCAAUAUCCCAAAUAUUGAGGUAAAUGCUAUGGACGCAGAGCAGCGAAGCUGCCGAGUGACUGCAGCCAAUAAAAAUUAUAACGUCAUAUUGAAAGUGAAUUUUCCUGGGAAUUACCCAUACAAUGCCCCGCCGUCAUUCCAAUUCUGCCCAGGAACGACAAUUGACAAUACUGCUAUGGCCAAACUGUCCAAAGUAUUAAAACAAACUGCUCAACAACGGGUCAGAAAAAACCGGUCAUGCUUAGAACCUUGCCUACGACAGUUGAUCACCACUUUGGAACAGAUGUGCGUGAGUGAAGAAUCCGAAGGGAAGCACUUGGGAUACCGAAUGCAGCAUAGUUCAAAUUUCCGAAACCCUAACAGUAUAUUUCCUAACUAUCAAGACACUUAUAUUCCAUUCCCUAGGACGUCGGGGGCAAAAUUUUGCUGCGUAGGAACACUGGUGUGCUUUGGUCGGACCCCAUACGCGAGGAGGCCAUCUAUAAAGCCUGAAAGUACAACUCCGCGGGCGCUUUCAGCUUUGGGUUCAGGCGUCAGUAAUAACGGGCAUUUUCCACACAUAUAUCCUCCUUAUUCCCAAUCAAAUGCAACGGAUAACAUAUCUAUAAGCUCCUUCUAUUUUCAAGAACGCAGAGGGUCGAGACGGAGUUUGCAUGGUUCGAGUCGCCAGCAUUCGAAAGGUCCGCAAAAAAAUAAUCCAACAGUUACCAUAUAUGAUGCUUCGGCAUUAUUCUUUGUCAAUAAAGAAUUGGCAGAGAAAUAUAUUAUCAACAUAACUGACAUCCCUGGAAUGUGUCAAUACAAUGCUGGGGUUGCUGCAACGCUCGAGCGACCAGAUCUAGUCCAAGCCUGGUGCUUAGCUGCGCUUGUUAUAUCGCAGCCACUGUCUAGUCUGUUUUCAAAUUGCUGCCACUCAUCUGACAUCGAGACUCCCUGGCCUCAGCAUCCUUUUGGCCAAAACUUGAUCCAUUCUCUCAUACAACAUUACGCAAGCCAAUCAGAUAUACAGAUGGCAGGUAUGCUCAGCUGCACUUUCAGUUAUCGUUCGGAUAAUCAUGACUCUGCGCAAGGGCGUGCUAUCAGCAAAUCUGUAAAUGUCAGCAGGCUUACCACUGGGAAAUGGUGGCAGAAGCCUGGCGGUUCACCGUAUCAUACAAUACAUCCUGCAGACACGACGCUUGAAGGAUGGAAUUUUCAAAAUCUUAAGCAGCACAGGUCUAACUCAUGGUCUGAAUCUCUUGACGAUCUGAAAUUCAUCCAAGACUCGUUAUUUGAACCAGGCAGAAGCAUCAGGCUUUUAGAUGAAAAGAACACAAGCCUGUAUGACAGUUACAAAAAAGCUUAUGCGGAAGUCCUGCAUAGAUGGAGGCUGCUGGAUGCUAGAGCGCAAGUUCUCAAACAUGUCAGUGUUCCACCUAUCGAUUCCCACAAAGCAGUUGAUUUUCAAAUCGAAUGCUAUGUGUGUAAAAAAUUCAGCCAGGGUCCGCAGUGUAAUAACUGUAGACGAUUAGCGUUUCAGUGCGUCAUAUGCCACAUAUCUGUCAGAGGUCCUAGCAAUGUCUGCGUGGUUUGUGGACAUGGCGGUCACACAGAACACCUGGCAGCAUGGUUUACCACAAAAACCUUGUGCCCAACAGGCUGCGGUUGUAAUUGUCUUAAUGAAAGCACGACUAUGAUGAAGAAUUGAGUAAGAUUGAAAAUAUUUUGGUGCAAUAGGAUUAACUAGGUAUAAUUUUUAGGUGUAUGUAAGUAGGUAUUAUAAUUGUAAAAUUGGGUGGAAGACAUCCUCGACUACGACUGAAGCGAUACGGUAAAAAAUAAUUUUGAAACGUUAGUGAGUUAUUAUUCUUUACGUAUCUUAUUAGACAAUCAGUUUGAUCAUACAGGAGAAUAAACAUUUUUUUCGAA